UGCCCCUCCGAGAGCGAGAGGCAAAUUCGAUUGGUGACACAGGCCGUAAGAAAGGCACCCUCGCAGCCGCGUCCUCUUCUUUUUUCCACAAUUCCCCUGCUCCGCUCCUCGAUUAAUCAAUGGCUUCGUCGUUAAUAAGAGCCUUUUUAACGCAGGCCUCUUGUUUCCCAACCACCUCUACAGAGAGAGAGAGAGAGAGGGGAUUGGGUUUUGCUGCGCUGCUUGACGUGGCCCGUGUGUCCGUGUUCUUGGCCUCUUGCAUUGCGCAGAUAAAAAUCCCCCUUUUUUACACAACAUACCCGCUUAAUUAGCAGCAGCAACUCGCUUGGUGGUGUCUGAGUCUCUGAGCCACUUAGCCUUGCUGUCUCACUCUUCCCUCCCUUGCGCCAAGAACGGCAGGCAGGCGGCUUCCUUUUGUCGAGGGCUGGGGCGGCGCGCGGCGCCAGGCGCGGAUCGGCCACUGGUGCAUGGUGGAGGCCGCCGCGGGGCGCCGGUCGGGUACCAGCCGUCGGCGGCCUAGCGGCGGAGGGGAGCGCCAUCGGCAGCAGCAGCUGCACCAGCGCCUGGUCGCCGUCGCUGUCGCCGCGCGCGUCGUCAUGUUCACCACUCGCUCCACGGGGGCAGCGGCGGGAGGAGCCGGAGCGGGAGCAACAGUAACAGGAGGAGUGGCCGGCGCCGGCGCCGGCGGCAGCGGCGGGCGGUGCAUAGAGGACUUGUUCGACUGCCUACUCGGCGUGCUCCGCGCGCUCGGCGUCACGUGGGCUGCCGCGCUGCCCCAGAGGCAGCCGCGCCCUGCGCCGCCGCGCAGGGUGGCCCCUGUGUCCGUGGACACCAGGAGCUUCGCUUCGGAGCUGAGGGGCAUCCCUGGCCGGAUCGCCGGCAAUGGCGCCUGCGCCGUCGCGUCGCUCUACACGAUGCAGGGCAAGAAGGGCGUCAACCAGGAUGCUAUGAUCGUCUGGGAGAACUUUUGUUCGAGAGAUGAUACCAUCUUUUGUGGUGUUUUUGAUGGUCAUGGACCUUACGGUCAUUUCGUUGCUAAGAGAGUUAGAGAUCUACUGCCCGUGAAGUUAAGUGCAGAUCUGGGGAUGGACGAGGGUAGAGAGACAGCCACCAGCAACAUCAAAAGCAAUGCAAAUGAAUUAGGUUCACCAGAACACAUAGACAGAGGAGAUACUGCCAUUUCCUAUGAAGCUGAACGAAAUGGGGAGUAUCCAGAGAGCUUCCCAGCAUUGAGAACUUCUUUCUUGAAGGCGUUCCAUGUAAUGGAUAGGGAUCUGAAAUUACAUAAAAACAUUGAUUGCUUUUUCAGUGGAACUACAGCGGUGGCAGUGAUCAAGCAGGGGCGCAAUCUUAUAAUUGGCAACUUGGGGGACUCAAGAGCUGUCUUGGGCACCAGAAAUGAAAAUAAUCAUCUUAUUGCUGUCCAAUUGACAGUUGAUCUUAAGCCUAACAUUCCAAGUGAAGCACAGCGAAUCAGGCAGCGCAAGGGCAGAAUAUUUGCACUUCCUGAGGAACCCGAAGUUUUUCGUGUCUGGCUUCCAAAGUACAACUCACCUGGAUUGGCCAUGGCUAGGGCAUUUGGAGACUUCUGUCUGAAGGAUCAUGGUCUAAUUUCCAUGCCUGAUGUUUCCUAUCAUUGCAUCAGAGAAAAGGAUGAAUUUAUUGUGUUGGCUACCGAUGGGGUGUGGGAUGUGCUGUCAAACGAUGAAGUUGUUAGUAUCGUCAGCCGAGCCACUUCUCGGGCCUCUGCAGCACGUGUUCUAGUUGAAUCAGCUCAUCGUGCCUGGCGAACUCGGUUCCCUACUUCUAAAAUUGAUGAUUGUGCCGUCGUCUGCCUUUUCCUGAAUACAGAUGAAGCAAGUGAGUCGUCCAGUUCCAUGGCCAACGAUUCAGCAAAUGCUGUAGAAGUUAGCAGCGAUCAGCGCACUGCAACUAUCCAGCUGAGCACCGGAGCAUCCACCGAUGUUGUCACAGGACUGGUAACAGAUAGAAACGACCUGUGUGUUGUUGAUGCCGUCGCAAAGCCGGUCACUCACGUGGAUUCGCCGAAGGAUGGUUGAGGCGCAAAGCAAGGCAUGAUCAAGUGAAGCUUGCAUGCUGCCUGCUAUUGGCAUCUGUUGGACCGAUUCAUGGCUGUUUUUACUGGCACGUCGGGACUUGCUGCUUGCUAUUUUUCUGCAGGCAAGUGCGACUAAUAUUUGCAGUUUUGCCUUUGUGUAAAGUACUGCGUCUGUGUAGCGUGACUUGUUCAAGCUCUUUGUAAUAAUUUUGUUCAUGUUAUCGUCGGUCUGGUCAUAGCAUCCUAUAGGAAGAAGCCUAUUGAGUUUUCUCCCUUUUUUUUUUGUAAAUACUCAUUCGAUUACUUCCUGUAGGUCGUGAUCCAUUUCAUUUUCAUGAUAAGGGCAUAAUGCAAGUGUUAGUGCGUUCUUA